UCCUACGCGAUGACGUCACCAACACCACGCCCCGCCCAGCUCUGCGUGAUGACGUCACCGGCAGCGUGCCCCUGCGCCUGAAGCGGAGGAGACCCCGCAGCGAGCCGCCAACGCCCGGCGGAGACUCUGAGGUUCACGUUGGAGUUGAUACUGUAGCAGACUUCAGCUAUGCAGACGAUUAAGUGUGUAGUUGUGGGAGAUGGUGCUGUCGGUAAAACCUGCCUCUUAAUUUCUUACACAACAAAUAAGUUCCCGUCGGAAUACGUACCAACGGUCUUUGAUAACUAUGCUGUAACGGUUAUGAUUGGAGGAGAGCCUUACACUCUAGGCCUCUUCGAUACUGCAGGUCAGGAAGAUUAUGAUAGAUUACGGCCCCUCAGCUAUCCACAGACAGAUGUAUUUCUGGUCUGUUUUUCAGUGGUAUCUCCUUCUUCAUUUGAAAAUGUGAAAGAAAAGUGGGUACCUGAAAUUACUCACCAUUGUCCAAAGACUCCUUUCCUGCUUGUCGGGACCCAAAUUGAUCUAAGAGAUGAUCCUUCAACAAUUGAAAAACUUGCCAAGAACAAGCAGAAGCCCAUAACUCCAGAGACAGCCGAAAAACUGGCCCGGGACCUGAAGGCUGUUAAAUACGUGGAGUGCUCUGCGCUUACGCAGAGCUUCCUUUCUCUUCUCCCCACCCAGUGGACAGUGACCUGUUUCCUUUGUAUGCCUUAAGAUGGAAGUUCUGUUGAAACAGAAAAUACUGAUCAUAUAGUUCUUAGGAUAUAAACGUGGCUGUGCUGUGAACUAAUGUGUGAAAAUGAGUCUGAAAACAACUGAAAUUGCUGACUUGAGGCACCAAAACCUGGCAGUCUUUCCCCCUUAAGUCAGUGUGGGGAGGGUGGAUAGCUAGAAUCUGCCUUGUCUUUGGGUGCCUUGGAAACAUAAUCUCGUGUGUCCACUCCUGCACAAUAUAUUACAACUCCUAGCAGUGUAUUUAAUGCUCCUUUGUGAAGAAUUAGUCCCUACAGGAUGUACACAAACCAGAGGUGCACAGUAUCAAGCUUUUCACUCUAUCAUUUUGUUGCACUGAUCUGUAGGAUCUUGAGCACAAAACUUUGUUGCUGAGCUUCCAAGCCUGAAGUUCUGCUUCCCUUGCAUCCUCUGCCCAGGUUGCACAAUGGCUUUUCCAUUUGUCAUCCUGAGUGGUUUUUGUUUUUUUUCCAAACUGAGAACAGCCUUCUGAGGGAGUGUGUGGGACGCUGCCCUGAGGUGUUGUGGCAAGGAAUCCUGCUAUAGAUGAUGUCAGUUGCACAACCUGAAUGCUGCUGCUGGCUAGACUGUGGGACCUACGUGUUGGUGAAACAGCAGGAUUUUUUGCCCUUUCCUCUGUGUCUUUAAAUUUGCUUUGUUCAAUCUGUUCAAAUUACAUGGAAGCACCUGAAAUUACUGGAAGGGCUGAUAGAACAACUUCAUUGUUUAUCCAUUCUUUUAAUUUCCAGAUAAAUUAAGUGUAUCUGUUGCAGAGAACAGCUUUAUGCACUUGGAAGCUCAGCCUGAAUUUCCUCCAGAGCACUCUGGUGGCUGUAUAUCCAGUAGUGGUCUCAGAAGUUGGGAAUAAUCUGGUAGGAGGAUUCUGAGGCUUUCUCACCUGAAAGAUUAGUCAGUCUUCUGCUCUGCUCUUUUUACUUCAUUUUGUCAUUGACCUUCCCUGCAAAACAUCUCUUACUCAGCCUGUUGGUAAUUCCUGCCAAACAGAAACAUGGAUGUUCUGCAAAGGGGGGAUGUUUGAUGUUUCCAGCAGUGAUGGAGCUGGUGGCUCGCUGAGCACAGAGGGCAGCUGGCUGUUCUAGCCAGGAGGAUUGUUUUCCUACCUGCAAGGCAGUGCUGUAGUAGUUGGUUUCUAGUGAAUCUGGGUUCAGCUGGGUUAUUCCAGUUAUCUCUUUACCUUGGCAUCCAUCUACACAGUUAAUCUCAGCUGUCUGGGGUUUUCUGCCUUCCCACUAACUUGCAAAUGACUUCACAACAGUAGUAAAUAAUCAUAAAAUUACGGAGCUGUUAUUUUUGUUUUCCCCAGGAUUUAGGAUUUCAUUUGUCUGUGUGUCAGUCAGAUGUUCUGAACACAAUACGUGGGUCCUAAGAGGCUGAGUUUGUUCUGUAAAGGCAGAGUAUCUGCACCAUCGUGAGUCUGGAUGACUGCAGUGGUGAAGAGUGAACUCUGUUUUCCCUCCCUCUCCAACAUUUUUUUUUUU